CUCCACAAGUAACCUGGGCUCCGAUCAUCUUCAUCUCUCUCAUAUAUAUCUUCUUUGAAAUUCAAGCAAUCAUCUAAUCUGUAUAUAUAUAUUUAUAAUUUAUCUGUAACUCUAUAUUUAUCUUCUUCAAAAGAUUCUAUGAUUGGAUCCUGCGUUUUUUUCUUUGCUGAUUACGGUUAGGCCUUUUCAAUUUCAAUCUCCUCAUCACUUUCAUUCUUUCUAUGUUUUGAUUUUCGAUUUUAGGUGUAGAUCUGAACCUGUUUCCUCGAGAUAUAUAGAAAUUUCUUUACGAUAUGCCUUGCUUUUCCCUACUCAUGACUCUCAGAGAUCUAAUUCACCGAAUUUUCAUUCAACUUCGUAAUUUUCUCUUCUACUGAUAUCGACUUCUUUACAUUGAAUUCCUCUUUGAUUUGCUUUAAGUUCUUGUUUCAAUAAAUUAGUUAUCCUUUUCUUAUGGCCACUUGAUGAGCGAUUAAAAGUUUCUUCAAGGUAAAUUCUCCCACUUAAUUACUUAUUCGUAGCAUUAAUACAUGACUGUGCGUGUGUAAAUGAGUGAGUAUGUGCAUGCUUUUUCUGCUAAUUUCUCAAUAAUCGAGCUUGAGGCCAUAUACAAGUUUUUCGUUGUUGUUGUUCUAUGUGAUUUUGAUGAUUGUAGUGUCAUUUGUAUUAUGGUAACUAUACACUAUGGAAUUCGGAUAUUAAAAUAUCAUAAUCAUCAUUAUUAGUAUAUGUUUUGUGGUGAGGUGUUAUCGUGAGCAAGAGUUUACAUGGUAUGUUUCAGCUUAUAGAUUGUUUAAUUUUACCCAAUGUAGUUGUAUUAAUUAGCAAGUUUCCAUCAAACUCUGCCAUGCCAUUUAUGGGGUUAGUUUAACCUGUUUUACAAACACAUUCUCUUAAAUGGUUACAGAAAUUGGUAAUUUGUUAUGGAAUUCAGAUAAUCAAAUGUGACUAUCCAAUACUUGACUAAAAUUCAACUUUUUUUGAAUACUGUCUCUCCUUAGUGUGAUUCAUCUAUUUUUUGGUUUUGUAUUUGUGAUUAACAUGGUGUUGUUGUGGUUCAUGGAGAUGAGCAACAUGACAAGUGAAAGUGAAGAGAGAAUAUCCUGCAAAAAUUCACCAAGUUUUGAUGAAGGUAGCACUGAAAGUGAAAGAAACAUGGUAGAAGGAACAGGAUUUGGGUCACUAAAGAAAGGUCCGUGGACAUCUGCUGAAGAUGCAAUCUUAAUGGAAUACGUGAGCCAGAAUGGAGAGGGGAAUUGGAAUGCUGUUCAGAAGCUCUCAGGGCUAUCUCGUUGUGGUAAAAGCUGUCGCUUACGCUGGACAAAUCAUUUAAGACCUGACCUUAAAAAAGGCGCAUUUACCCCUGAAGAAGAACGCCUCAUCAUUGAACUUCAUGCUAAAAUGGGAAACAAAUGGGCACGUAUGGCUGUUGAGUUACCCGGGCGCACAGAUAACGAAAUCAAGAACUUUUGGAACACUAGGACCAAAAGAAAGCAACGUGCCGGAUUACCAAUUUACCCUCACGACAUCUCUUUCCAACAACUCAACGAUAACUCCCAGAAUCAAAACAUGCUCAUGUUCCCCAAUGGCGAUUCCGGAAUUUUCCCACCAACCACUAACCUCCACAUUCCAUCCAUCGAUUACAAAGAUUUCAUACUAAAUCAUGAGUUUUAUCAAAAUCAAAUUCCCACCGAAAGUAGCUUGCUUGAUAUCGCAUUCCCUAUGCCAACACCAUAUCCACCCAAGCGCUUCAGGCCCGGUGGCGGUGGUGGUGGUGGUCUUGGUGAUGUUUUUUCUGGCUUGAAUGGAUAUGAAGAUGAGAAGAUUGGUCAAACUUUGACCCCAUCAUCAUCAUCUUACUUAUAUAAUACAUGCACAGGUAGCCAUGCCUUUAUAAAUGGCAACAAUUGUUCAUCUUUUGAGCCUAAUUUAUGGGCAAUGAAGAAUGAGCUCCCUUCACUCCAAUAUUUUCAUGGUGCACCACCUUCUUCUUCUUCUUGUUCUUCCUUUGAAAUUGAGUGGUCGGAAUCUGAUUCCCACUCACGUAGGAACAGUGGUCUGUUAGAAGCUGUGCUCCAUGAAUCAGAAACCUUAAAAAUCUCGAAAACCAAGAAUGAUCUCAACAAUGUUGAUGAUCAGAAUUUGGUUUCGGAUUGUUAUGGUUCCCCAUUGACUUAUUCAGCUGCAUCAGUGUUUAGUGAAUAUACUCCAAUCAGUGGAACCUCAAUGGAUGAACAUCUUUCAGUUGAGGCUACUUCAGUUAAGCAGGAAGCAGGUGAAUCUGAUGACAUCUGGAAUGACGUCAGCUGUUUGAGGCCAGAUUCUCUUCUUGGCUUAAACUGGUUUUCUAGUGAUCCCAUAACUUCACUUGUUUCCCAUCACGAUGACACCUCUACAACAAUCCACACAGGGUCUCAAUAUCUUUAAACUAUUAUUAUUAUUAUUAUUAUCCUUGUUUAUUAAAUUCAUAAAAUAACACUUGUUUGUAAUUCCUUUAAACCCGGAUCUUGUUUUACUAUUUGGUUGGGAUAUUGUGAUAUGCUGAAAACCUCUUUGGAAUA